CAGCCGUCUCUAUUUCUCUACGCUCUUUUUCAAUAUUAGCUAUCCGAUUCCUGAUUUCACUUAGGGCUGGUUCCUUGCCUAGAUUGGUAAAUACGUACAGCAUUUUGCACAUCCGAUGUGUUUGUAGUUGUUUGCCGGGCUGUUGGCGGUUGAUGAUCAACUGAUGUUUUUGGGCGAUCUUACUGCUGCGAUUUCAGCCGUGCACUAAGAUACUUCAUACGCUUUCAUGACAAUCUGACCUCAGAGAUUUCAAGCCCAUACACUGUCUGGAGUAAAUAGAAUAUUUUACACUACAGUCACCUGCUCAACUUUUGAUCCUGCAAUGGCUCGACGUGAUCACCCCGCCGAUGAAUCCUACGAGGAAGAUAACAUCUACGAGGAAUCUGAUCGACGCAGACGAGAUAGAGAAGACCGGUUCUACGAGCCUGAGCCCGAUAGUCGUCACCAACGACACCGCUCAUCCCUUGUUCGCGAGAUUGACGAACGGAUUCGGUUCCGCGAUCGAAGUCGGCCUGAGUUUCCGCUUCCAGAUCCCCGGCCACCUCUCAAAGAUGAGGUUGAGGAUGAGGGUGAUUUUGUCCGCCCGCGGCGUCGUGAACGUGAAUAUUUAGAUGACCUUGGGCCAGAAAGAGAGACUAAGGAGGUCUACAUUCGUCGCAAAUCUUCGCCAUCGAGGGAUCGGCAUCGAUACAGAAGGCUGUCUAAAGACGAUGUCGUGUUUGAAGAGGAUGAUAGAGGACCCCGAUCACGCAAUGAUGAGGAUAUUCUCAUCAAGAAACGGGAGGAAAUUCGAUCUCGAAGUAAUGAGGCUAAGCGCGACGAGGCCAUCUUCCACAGACGAGAUCGGUCAUUACCGCCCCAUAGGGACAGGUUUGACGAGGUGGCUUUUGAGGAUGAGAGAAGGAGAAGGCGAGCCAAAAGUCGUGAUAGGGAGGAAGAUCAAGAAUACAGUGACGAAGAGAUAGAGAAGGAAGAAAAGGUUAUUUUCGGUCGUCAUGAACGCUCACCACAAAGAGAAGGGGUUAUACGUGAGGAUGUCAAAUAUCGCAGACGUUCACUUCCGCCGCUCGAUGACGACCGAGAAGAACUUAUGUUUCGUCGUAGAGAUUAUUCUCCAAGAAGUCGACGGCGAAAGGAUUUUUCUCCCCAGGAAGAGCGCGAGGAGGUUCUUAUUCGCCGCCGAGACCGAUCGCCGCCUCAGCGUGAAAUAAGAGAGAGAGUUUUGGUACGUGAAAGAGACAGGUCGAUUCCAGACCGCGAUGAGGAUCGCGAGGAAGGCCCUUCUCGUCGUCGAAAUCGCUCUGUGCCGAGUCGAGACGAAGCCGGUUUUCGACCUAGAAGACGGUUGUCCUCUUCAGGAAAAGAUGAUCGGGAAGAGAUUACCAUUCGCCAUCGUGAACGUUCAGCGUCGAAGGAACGGGGAGAAGAGGAUCGAGAGGAAAUAAGAAUCCGGCGAAGAGAACUAUCACAUUCCCGUCGUCGCCCCCGGUCACCUGAGGAAGAGAUUGAUCGUGACGAAAUUCGCGUUCGCCGACACCACUAUCCGCGUCCCAAGAACGAGGAUCUCCAAGAGGAAGUAGCUGUUCGACUGCGAUCUGGUGGGAUUGACGAAGAUGAUCGCGACGAUAUUAUUCUGCGCAAAAGCAUGCGGAACCGAAGAGGAUCGCCGAACCCUGAAGGUGACCGAGAUGAAAUUACCAUUCGUGACAACCCCGAGGGAGAGAGGGUUGAAAUUCGGCGCACCCAUAGUCCUCCUCCUCGAGCACGUUCCCAAUCACGGCAUCGCUCAGAUGAGAGAGAUAUCGAGAUUCGGCAGAGCGAGCGUGAAGGACGACGAGGAAGAAGAGAGCAUGAAAGAGAUAUAAUCAUACGCAAGACCAAAGAGUCCUCGUCCUCGUCAGAAUCGUCCCCUAAACCCCCGUCUGUCAUACGCAAACCUCCCAUCAUUCAAGAAGUUAUCACGCAUCACCGUCACAUAGAGAGCUUUGAAAGAGCAUCUCCUCCUCGAAAACAUAGCCCUGACACCACCAAGUCCCAGAAUGGCAGCGUUGAUGAAGUUGAAAUAGAACAACGAAUCGAACGAGAUGGAAAUUCAUUUGAGGAUGAUAUCGUCAUCGAAAAACGAGAUAUCUCUCCACAUGGGCGAAAGUCUCCUACUGAAGAAAGGGGGUCUAUUAUCACUCGUUCAAAGCCUAGUGAUCUCCAUUAUAAUGAGGUGAGAGAAAUCGCAAUUCGGGAAGUCGAGCGAGAACGCGAAAUGGAUUCCGAAGCGAGCCGUGAUGGGCGAAGCCAUGCUAGCUUUCGAGAAAAACGCGAUCGUCGACAGACCGAAAUCACAAAAGACCUGGUUAUACGAGAGGCGAUUGAGCGAGCUGGUUAUGACUAUGAAGAAUCAGACAGAUUCUACUACAUUUUCGACUAUCUUCGUUUUGACGAUGUCCAGAGGCUCGUUGAUAUCACCGAGGAUAUACUACGUUCUCGCCGUGGGCGACCUCGCGACGGAUUUCGCGAGCGAGACAUUCUUUCACCGCUCCCUGUAAUCCCUGGACCACCACCACCUCCUCUUGCUCCUCGACCACCGGUGGUUUUAGAGAUAGAGCGGGAAGCAUACCGUCCAAGGGACGUGCGGUAUCGAGAACGAGACGUGCUGGUAGAGGGCAGACGACCACGACGAUACCGCGAGAUUUGAUAUAGUGAAGAUUUACGAUGAGUUUAAUGUGUUACGACUGCGACGAUAUUGAGAUGACAUCAUAUUUUCAUAGCACAGGUAUACCACUAAAUACUCGUAUUAAUCAGCUGUGCCAGAAUGAUCAUUUGUAAAGAUCUUGGGCACAGCCACUUUGUAUGUAUUCUUGUAUGAAUAUUACUGAUGGAUACUGCAGCGGGUCCAACCCACUUCAGGAGAAUUAUAAACCAUGGAUGAAUCAUGCUGGACCGCGACAAUCCAGUGGCACAGCAUGAUUAAUUACUCCCAGGAA